AUGUUCAACUCACACGGUAGAGGUCAGUCCGGCUCGACUCCGCCGCGUCUUCGAGCUGGUCGCCCAAUGCAACGACCUCACGGCGUGCAGAAACCUGGAGGUCGCAACCUCUACCCGCCCAAUACGUUGCAGCAUAUCUUCAAUCAACCCCAGUCACCCGACAAGGAAGACGAUCCCAUGCUAUCAGAUGGGCUGACCAUGACGGAGCUGGCUGAGACAUUCAAGAACGUCUCAGCACAGCUAGUAGAAAUUACGCGAAAGGUUGAUCAAAACGCAAAAGAUAUUCGUGAUCUGAAGGAUUGCAUGGAACAGGGGUUUCAACAUCUCGAAGCUGGGUGGGAGGAGCGAGUGGCGAGUGUUAAGCACGUCCUUGAACAGAACUAUGGUCCGCUUGGGCAGAACGAUCUGAUCGACCCUAACUUCCUUUCUUCGACUUGA